AUGAGCAAAAAUAAAAAGGGGAAGAAGAAGGACGACUUGGAUGCGAUCCUCGCUGAAUUCGGCUUUGACGGGAAGCGGGAAGAUGAAGUAAAGGACCAGAAGGAAAAUGGAGAAGCGGGCGCAGAAGUAGGAGCAGGAGCCGGAGCAGGAGCAGGCGGUGGAGCUACCCCUGCUGGGGAAGAGCAAAACGAAGCGAUCAAAAUGUCCAAGUCGAAAAAGAAAAAGGAAAAGCAGAAGCAGAAAAAAGAGCAAAUGAAGAGCAAGGAAAAUGACGAGGAGGGAGAAGAAGCAGAGGCGAAGAAGGGAACGGCCGAGCAGCCCGCCGAUGCAGCCAACGACGCUGCCAACGAUGCUGCCAAUGAAGCUGCCGAUGACGCCGCGAAAAAGAACAAAAAAAAGAAAAAAAAGGACAAGGAGAAAACGAAGGAACAAAAAGGCACGUCAGGGAUGUCCGAAAUGGCCAAGGCAGCCGCGGAAAGACUCAGACUACUAAAAGAAUACGAAGAAAAAAAAAGGGAAGAGGAAAAGAGAAAACAAGAAGAGGAAGAAGAAAGAAUUAGAAAGGAGGAGGAAGAGAGGGAAAAAAAACGACUAGCUAAAUUGGAAAAAAAAAUGCAGUUAAAAAAAGAUGGGAAAUUGUUAAGUGCAAAGGCCAAGGAAGAAAAAAAAAAAAAAGAAUUGUAUUUGAAAACGCUGAAAGAGUCCGGGGUGCUGAUCGAACCGAAGGAAAAGGCCAAAGCGGAGAUUAUCAACAUCGACCUGAACAAAACGAAGGCUUUCCUAAAGAAGAAAAAGAACAAAACGAAUGCCCACACGAGCGGGAUGGCCAAUUUGAAUAACAACGCGGAGGAGACGGGAGGUACUACACCCAAGGGGAACAAACCAGAUGACGCGGAAAAGAAAGUCGACCCGAAGGAAAUUGUCGUGGACGACUGGGAGGACUUCCUCAACGUGGAUGAAGAGAAAAAGAAGGAAAAAGAACCCAAUGAACAGCAGGGUAAUGAGAAGACCGACAGGGAAAGGAACAAAUCGAAGGAGGCAAAGCAGUCACAAGGGAAAAAAGGCACAAAGGGGGACGCACUCAGCACCAAGAAAGGAAAAAAAAAAACAGAUGCUAGCAAAAGCAACGGUAACGAGAAAAACAACAAUGCCCAGGAUGACGACUCAGACCAUGAGAGUGAGUACCGAUCAGCCAUUGUGUGCAUAUUGGGUCAUGUCGACACGGGAAAAACGAAACUACUAGACAAACUGCGACAUACAAAUGUACAGGAUAACGAGGCGGGAGGAAUUACGCAGCAAAUCGGAGCGACCUUCUUCCCAAAGGAUAUCCUAGAUAAGGAAAUAAAAAAAGUAGAUGAAAGCAUCAAGUGCAUGUCGAAAGGAAUUAUGAUUAUUGACACCCCGGGGCACGAGUCAUUUUACAAUCUAAGGAAAAGAGGCUCUUCCCUUUGCGAUAUAGCCAUUUUAGUAAUCGAUUUAAUGCACGGAUUAGAACAACAAACGAAAGAGUCUAUUCAAAUUUUAAAGCAAAGAAAUUGCCCCUUCGUUAUUGCAUUGAACAAAAUUGAUAGGCUCUACAUGUGGAACCGAAAUGACUGGUCUCCAUUUAAUUCCACUUUUAAAAAUCAAAAAGAAAACACACAAGAGGAGUUUCAGGAUAGGCUAAAAAACAUUCUUAAUGAGCUAGCCGAACAAGGAUUGAAUUGUCACCUCUACUGGGAAAAUCCCAACCCUCGCAAGUAUGUAUCCAUCGUACCCACUAGUGCAAUAACUGGGGAAGGAAUUGCCGACCUGAUUAUGAUUUUAGUAAAACUGACACAGAAUUUUAUGCUUAAAAAUAUUGAAUAUCAUGAGAAAUUAGAGUGCACCGUUUUGGAAGUAAAGAACAUUGAAGGGCUAGGAACAACCAUCGAUGUAAUUCUCACGAAUGGGGUCCUCAAAGAAUCUGAUACCAUCGUCCUGUGUGGUAUCAACGGACCCAUUGUCACAGUUAUAAGAGCUUUGUUAACACCACAGCCGUUAAAAGAGAUAAGAAUAAAAAACGAAUAUGUGCAUCACAAAUCGAUUAAGGCAUGCAUUGGAGUGAAAAUCUCUGCCAACGGGUUGGAAGAGGUCCUCUGUGGUACUUCCCUAUUCGUUGCCAACAACACGGACGAAGUGGAGGACUACAAAAGCAAAGCCAUGACAGAUGUUUCGGACGUGUUCAAUCAUGUCGAUAAAAGUGGAGUAGGUCUCUACGUUAUGGCUAGCACUCUUGGCUCGUUAGAAGCACUACUCAUAUUUUUAAAAGAUUCAAAGAUCCCCGUUUUUGCAGUCAAUAUCGGCACAGUCCAAAAGAAAGACGUGAAGAAAGCUAGCGUCAUGAGGGAAAAAGGGAAGCCUGAAUAUUCUGUCAUCCUAGCCUUUGAUGUUAAAAUCGAUCCCGAAGCAGAAAAGGAAGCACAGAUCUUAGGAGUGGAAAUCAUGCAGAGGGACAUUAUUUAUCACUUGUUUGAUGCUUUUACAAAUUAUAUUAAAAAAAUUGAGGAAGAGAAAAAACAGAGCAAAUUGACGGAUGCCAUUUUUCCCUGUGAACUCUCUAUUGUCAACGACUGUGUGUUUAAUAAAAAGGAUCCCAUUGUCAUUGGGGUUAAGGUAGAUUGUGGUAUCUUGAAAAUUGGCACCCCACUUUACAUCCCUGAGAAGAGCCUAAAAAUUGGAAACGUCGUUAGUAUUCUAUUGAACAAAAAAACAUGUGAGAAAGCCAAAAAGGGGGACGAAGUCUCCAUUAAGAUCUGUGGAGAACCACACAUCACCUUCGGAAGACACUUUGACUUUAACCAAAAAAUUUACAGCAAAAUUACCAGAGAGAGCAUUGACGUGUUGAAGGAGUACUUUAGGAGCGAGUUGACCAUGGAGGACUGGAGACUCGUCGUGCAGCUCAAGAAGAUCUUUAACAUUAUCUGA